AUGUCUCGCAUUCUCCGACCCGCAGCUCGCCUAGCUGCUUCGACCCGGGCUCUUCGCGCUCCCGCUGUCCCCUCGUUCGCCCAGUCUGUCGCCGCUCGCGCUGCUCUUGCUCGACCUGUUGUCUUUGGUUCCGCCCAGACCCGAUCCUACGCCGAUGCCCAGAGCUCUGGUGUCAAGGAGGUCACUGUCCGAGAUGCGCUCAACGAGGCCCUCGCUGAGGAGCUUGAGCAGAACGAGAAGGUCUUCAUUCUCGGUGAGGAGGUUGCUCAGUACAACGGUGCCUACAAGGUGACCAAGGGUCUUCUCGACCGCUUCGGUGAGAAGCGUGUCAUCGAUACACCCAUUACUGAGUCUGGUUUCUGUGGUCUCGCUGUUGGUGCUGCCCUCAGUGGUCUUCACCCCGUCUGUGAGUUCAUGACCUUCAACUUCGCCAUGCAGGCCAUCGAUCAGAUCAUCAACUCUGCUGCCAAGACCCUAUACAUGUCUGGUGGUAUCCAGCCUUGCAACAUCACCUUCCGUGGUCCCAACGGCUUCGCUGCUGGUGUCGGAGCCCAGCACUCCCAAGACUACUCCGCUUGGUACGGCAGCAUCCCCGGUCUCAAGGUCGUCUCUCCCUGGAACUCCGAGGAUGCCAAGGGUCUCCUGAAGGCCGCCAUCCGCGACCCCAACCCCGUCGUUGUUCUCGAGAACGAGUUGAUGUACGGACAGAGCUUCCCCAUGUCCGAGGCUGCCCAGAAGGACGACUUCGUCAUUCCCUUCGGUAAGGCCAAGAUUGAGCGAUCCGGCAAGGACCUGACCAUUGUCUCCCUCGGCCGCACUGUUGGCCAGUCUCUUGUUGCCGCCGAGAACCUCAAGAAGAAGUACGGUGUCGAGGCUGAGGUUAUCAACCUGCGAUCCGUCAAGCCUCUCGAUGUUGAGACCAUCAUCCAGUCCGUCAAGAAGACCGGCCGUCUCCUGUCCGUUGAGUCUGGCUACCCUGCCUUCGGUGUCGGAUCUGAGAUCCUUGCCUUGACAAUGGAGUACGGCUUUGACUACCUCGAUGCCCCUGCUGCCCGUGUCACCGGUGCUGAGGUCCCUACCCCUUACGCCCAGAAGCUCGAGGAGAUGUCCUUCCCCACCGAGAAGCUGAUCGAGGACUACGCUGCCAAGGUUCUCCGUCUGUAA